CCUUCUCACUUGCUUCUAUCUUAAACUCAAACACAACCAUCAAACUCUUUUCCCUUCAAAGUGGUAGUUACUAAUGGCAUCCAACUCACUUUCUUCACGAAGCUCGAGCUCCUCAUGGACUCCUAAGCAGAACAAACAGUUCGAAAAGGCGCUAGCCUUGUACGACAAGGAUACCCCAGACCGCUGGCAGAAGGUGGCCAGAGCUGUAGGAGGGAAGUCCGCGGAGGAGGUGAAGAGGCACUAUGAGAUCCUCAUUGAGGAUGUCAAGCACAUUGAGUCUGGUAGAAUCCCAUAUCCUGAUUACAGGAAUAGCGACUAAUAGUUAAUAAGUCAUCAUCCCCUCCUUAAGUUUGUACUGCAAAGACUAAAGCUUUCGUUUUCUCGAUUCUCAGGCUCUUGAGGAAUCGAAAGUGGCGUUCAAGAAGCAGAUUUGUGAAGAUUAGCAGAUGCAGAUUAUAUCAUAUAUGUGUGUAAAGAACCCGGUUGGAUAUUGUGUAAGUUAACCAUUGUAAUGGCUUUUGUACCAAGUAAUUGUCUAUGAAAUUCAAUACCACUAUAUAUGAGUGUGAAGUUUAUGAAAGUAUUUUUCUUUUCUUUUCUGAUAA